GCUCAUUGCAUGCAGCGCACUAUGUGGUUCUGUCUCCUCAGCUUGGUGCUAUGGGCAGCACUUGUCCAGGCAGAUGAGAAGAGUCUCCCGUAUCUUGUCCACGCAGAUGGAGAUGUUAUCAUAGGGAUGCUCACCUCGGCUCACGCCACAGUCGACAAUCUCCAGGACCGCGUUCGGCCAGAGGAGUUCACCUGCAGCAAUUUUGACCUUCUCCCCUUCGUCCGAAUGCUGGCUGCCAUCUACACCAUUGACAGCAUCAAUGACUCAGGCUUCCUUCCUGGUGUUCGGCUUGGAUAUACCGUGUGUGACCCAUGUGCAGAUGCCACCAAAGCUCUCCACUGUGUGGAACACUUGCUGUCAGCAAAUGGCUCUUUGCCUGUCAUGGAUGACUACUCUGAGUUCCGUCCAAAGGUCAAGGCUAUCCUUGGGGCGCGAUACUCUCUGUUGACCAUCCCUGUGGCCAAGCUUCUCAGCGUUUAUCUCUUCCCUCAAAUCAGCACAACAGCCUCUGCAGUUGUGCUGAGCGAUUUGCUGCAGUUCCCAAGCUUCUUUCGAGUGAUCCCCAGUGACGUGUACCAGACUGAAGCCUUGGCACAGCUCAUAAGUCACUUCGGUUGGAACUGGGUCGGCCUGGUCUCCAUGGAUGAUGACUACGGCAGGGGAGUCCACCAGAGUUUCCUGAAGAACGCUGAGGAGGCUGGGGUGUGUAUGGCUUAUGAGGAGGUCAUUCCACACUACCUGGAUCACGAGCAGAGUGAGCAGCGCAUCAAGGAGGUGGCGAGGCGGAUACGGAACUCACCUGAGGCACAGGUAACAAUGGUGGUGAUGGUGAUCCUUCGGCCAGAGCUUGUUAAGAUGCUGUUUGAGGAGAUGAUCCGCACCAACACCUCUCGGGUUUGGAUCGCCAGUGACGCUUGGUCCAGAUCUGGAGUCGUGACAACCAUGCAAGACAUAAACAAGGUUGGAGAUAUUCUGGGGUUAAAUUUCGUCACUGGAACCAUUGAUGGGUUUACAGACUACUUACAGAAGCUGACAGUCCGUCCAGGCGUGAAAAAUGAUUUAAUUAAAGAGUACAAGCAGCUGUAUUCAGGCUGCGGCCCUGAUUCCUUAGACGAUUGCAGUAAGCCAAGUGCUGAUCAUCUAGUGAAGAACGUCGACCUCCCAGUGGUCUAUGGUGAGAGGGUGGCUGUUUGGAGCAUAGCUCAUGCUCUGAGAGAACUACUUGGAUGCAAUGACACCUUCUGUCCAGGAGAAACUGAUUUCCCUCCAUACAAGCUUAUCGAGAAGCUCCACAAUGUGAAUUUUACCCUUGAUGGUGAGACAAAGUUCUUUGACAAAAAUGGUGACUUUCAAGAUGGCUAUGAUGUCCUCAUGUUGGUACCAGAUGGUGAGACUAGACAGGCUAAAGCAAUCGGGAGAUUCACUUUACCACAGGGAAAAGUUGACAUCACAGAGAAAAAUAUCAUGUGGACUUCGACCCUCAACAACACAGAACCUGAAUCUCAGUGCUCACCGUCAUGUCCUAAUGGCACAUUUAAGAAGGUGUGGAAUAUUUCCUGCUGCUACAGCUGCAUUCCUUGUGUUGAAGGGACCUUCUCUGACAGCUAUGACCAAGAUGAAUGCCACGCGUGCCCUAAUGACACUUGGUCCAUGAGGGGAUGGAGCAAAUGUGAACCUCGCACUGAAAAGUAUCUGCGGUGGUCUGAACCACUACCCAUUGCUGCUCUGGUAGGAGUGGGCCUUGGACUCGUGCUUCUCAUAAUAACCUUUGUCUGUUUCGCCAUUUAUCGACACACCUUAGUUAUCAAGUCCGCCAAUUAUCUCAUGUCUUGCUUCAUGAUGGUUGGUUUAGCGGUGAGUUUUGGAAGUGUGGUGCUAUUUAUGGGUGAACCCAGCAUCCACCUCUGCCGGGCCCAGCAGAUCAUGUACGCCUUGGGCUUCACCCUCUGUGUCUCCUGCAUCUUGGUCAAAGCCUUCCGCACGUUCCUGGCAUUCAUGGCUUUUGAUCCCAUUAGGCGUGAACGUCUAAACAAGCUCUACAAACCUGUGAUAAUUAUGGUCCUGGCGACCUCUGUUCAAGGCCUCAUCUGCCUCUUCUGGCUGAUCUUUGACACCCCACAUGUGGACCCGACCCCCCCAUCCCCCCGGAGCAUGGACCAUAUUCUGCAGUGCAGUGAGGGCUCCAAAGUGUGUUUCGUGGUGAUGCAUGGCUACGUCGCUGUGUUGGCCCUCAUCUGCUUCCUGUUGGCCUUCAAAGGGAGGAGGGUCCCACAAGACUUCAACGAGACAGGUGUCAUCAUCUUCAGCAUGCUCAUCCACCUGUUUGUGUGGCUCUGCUUCAUCCCCAUCUACAUCACCAGGAACGAGUCGCGCCCCAUCGUACAGGCCUCCGCCAUCUUGGCCUCCAACUACGGCAUCAUAUUUUGCCUCUUUGUCCCAAAGGGCUACGGAGCUAUUCGGGGCGAACACAUGACAGAGGAAAUGAGGGCACGCCUGCGCAAAUUCUCUCAGACCAGAAACCGUGCCUCCACGGACGUUCUUAUCAUUGACAACUCAGAGACAGAUACCAUAUCAGAGACAGACACCAUAUCACACCGCUCUGUGAGCUUCAAACUUCCUAUAUUGAGGUCAAUGGAGUCCUUCGAUUCAGGGUUUAGGGCAGCCAGUACUUCCCUGACCUCUACUUCUUCCCAGUCAAGCUCACCAUCAGCAGAGGACUUCCCCCUACACCUGAAUCUCACUGACUCUGUGUUUGUUAUAGAAGUGCCUAACAGUCCCACUGUGUUAGAGAGACCAGGCCUGGCAGUACAACAGAGACAGAGAAGCCAAUCCAUGUGAGACUAUAACAUGUACAUGUUUUUUUAUUUGUAUUUUUUAAUCACGUUGUUUGUGUACCGUCUGAUGAUAUUUGUCAGCUAUUUUGAUUUUCAUGAUAAUCAUGUCAUAAUAGUUUCAUAUGAUAAAAUAUGGGUUGGUCCUGAAUUUUGGAAUUAUAAUGCAUGAAAAAUAAUUUCAUUUCAUAAUAAUAGUUAAAUAUUAAAUUACAUUCACAAAGAACUCACUGAUUAAUAGUUUGUUUUGCUUUGCU